AUGUUUUUAAGCAGUUUUAGUAAAUACAAAGUAUUUUCAGUUUUUAGGUUUUCUUAUUCCUUACAAGAUAAUAUUAUAGUUAGUUCCAUUGAAGUUGUUCAAAUCCGACAUUAAUUAAUUACGACGCAUGCUGUCAAAUCGUUAUACUCGGAGUAAUCAAAGUAACACAGCCUCCUUCACUGAAAGCCAUGAAGCAUACAUCUGGCAACGCCGCGUGUGGGUCUAUCCUCUAUCGCCAAUCUCGUCCAUUUUCCUCGUGUUUGUGUUUUGCUGUGGUUUUGCAGCAAAAGUUUUGCUCCAUUUGUGAUUGUGAUUUGGACCGCACGUGAAUUGAUUUAUGCCUAGGUUAUGUUGCGUGCCAGGCUGCAAAUCUAAUUAUAAAAGUACCCUGAAAAAUGAAGAAUUACAAACAACUUUUUGUUUUCCAAAUGAAGAAUCCCUUCAAAAGUUAUGGCUGAAGGCCAUUCACCGUGACAACUAUUCCAUAACAAAACAUUCAGUGGUAUGCUGCAAGCAUUUUACAGAAGGUGAAAUAAGGCGCUAUGGGGUUUUUAAGGACAAGGAUAGUGUUUUUCAAGAACUCCAACAUUGAAAAGAGGAGCUGUACCCAAUGAACUGUCAACACUGAUGGAAUGGCCCCGUCCCAUUUGAACAAUGAAGCGAAUGUGCGGCCCGAGUGAGAUGGAGCUAGCCCGGGCAAAAGCGCGCGAAAUAUGAAUGAAGCGAUAUCGAUUAAUGAGGAUUUCUACGAAUAAAAAAGAUUUAAUACUUAUCCAAGCACCUGGAACGUCAUAAAAGCCUCAAAAUAUAGUAAAUAGCGGUAAUUUUAAUAAAAAAGCAAUUUCUGGAAGUAGCAAUUUAUUACAUCACCAUUUAAAAAAAUACAAAAUAUAUAUAUCUUAUACGUAUAUGAAAAAAUUUUUUUUUAGAACAUUAAAACAAGAACAUAUAUAGCAGAGAUAGGGUCGUUCGACAUGGUAUAAUGAUAAAAAAAGAUGGACCUCAGGCAGCUCUUUGUCUAUAAUAUUUUAAUAUACCAACACAAAAAUAGGCAAACUUUAAUGCUCAUCUCCCACUGCCAUAGUUGAAGACAUGAGUUAGAAAAAGGAAAUAGGCAUAUUCUAGCAAAAAACAAAAAGAAUAGUUUUCAUUACAUUUUAUAGCACCACGUCUUUACUCUGAAUUGACAGAGAUACACGGUAGUGAACGCUUUGAAUUCCAAGCAUUUUGAAGAAAGACUGUGAAAAUGGAUACUAAGGACACCUCGCACGAUUUUACAGAUAUAUAUAUAUAUAGAUUUGGAGAGCAAGUGUUGUAUCUACUUAUCUCUACUCACGUUUCGGAGAAACUCGGACUUGUGUAAACUCCUUCAAAUAUAUGUUUUAUUAAGUCAAACUUUUAUAUGGUUAUGCGGCCAAAUGCGGUAUAUGAUGUUACUUGAUAGUGUGACAAAGGAAUUGAAAAGGUAGCCUGCGCACAAAUCUUUCUUGAAGAUUCCAGUGGGUAGUCCUACUUAUUUUACAAAUAUCUUUGGUAUAGGGCUGAUUUAUGUAAGUUAACUAAAGGAAAUCAAUGGAUGAAAUUUCAAAUUGUUGGUAUUGUAUUACUUUUGUUCCUGACUGGAAUACAUCACUAUUGAUUUCUAAAAUGAAUUGUUUUGGUUAACCUUUGCCUAAUUCUGUCGGUAAUUUGAUUUUUGGUCGAGUUUAUAUGGUGAAGGCGAAUAGUGAAAUAAUUUUUAAAAAUUAAUCUGAUCAACUGAAUGAUAUGGCCAUCAAGUGGGUCUUGUUCUAGACAGUGCUCCGAUAAACACAAAAAAAGUUCCCUGAAAUUUAAAUUUCUCAUUGCAGCCGAGAUCAACUUCAACAUUAUAUUCGGAAUGGAAAAGUUAGUCUCCGUCUUUAUAAUACUUUCUGCAACCAUACACACUUUAACAUCUUUUGUAGGCUUGCUUAGACCUCCUCUAUUUUUCCUAUUCAGGAGCUUACAAGUAGAAUCAGAUGUUGUAACUGAUUUGGCACAUUCGUUACAAUUCAGGGUCUGACCUAGUUUUUUGCUGACAAAACCUGCUAUAUAUUCCACAACAUCACAAAUAUACACACAGUUUAAAAUUUUAUUGUGAUUAACAAUGUAUUGUUCCUGUAAAUCGGGAGAAAAAUCUUCCUCAAAUUCAUACAGUACAUCGAGAGAAGGAUUUUUUACUUUUUUUGAGGUAACAUUCAAAAUAGAGGUGCUGUCUUGUGCUAAGCAAUUUGCACUUUCAGAGGAAGCAAUUUCGCUGUGAAUCAGCAACCUCUUAUAGGCUUGUUCAAAUUGCCAUGCUGUUGGAUUAUUGGAAAAACCCCCUCUCCUACGUACUGCGGCAAAAAACAUUUCCAAAUGAUCCUGGCUCAAUUUGUACGUUAAUAAAAAAUUUAAAGUCCCACUUUUCACUAAAUCUUCAAAUAAAUUUUGAACACUAACCAAACAGAUAAUCAAUCCCAAAAAACCUGUUUUUCUACUAGUCUGUAAUAUAUUAACACCUUCGUAAUUUGUUACUGUACUUAAGUAGCUAAUAGAAGUCUGUACAAAAUUUCUUAAAAACUCUUCACUACCUUUAUAUAAAGGUUUUUUGAACUGGGUGCUGCCAAGAAAAUUUCUUGUAUUCAGCAGAUCGAAUACAUUAUUAAUAUUUUUGCAAAAUGUUGCAGUCACUUCUGCAUAUUGGAAAGAAGGUAUGUUUAAAUCUUUCUCACAAUACUCUAACGCGUCACUCACACUUGAACUAAAUGUUUGUACUGCUAACUUCACUCUCAUUCUUUCUUUAUAGUAGUUCAGGUGCCUCCUCCUAAGUUUAGUGGCACAAUGCAGACCUGUAUCUUCUUGUAGGUUGACAAGUUGUUUGAAAUAUUCCCACUUAAUGUCAUUCCCUCCACCAUCUUUUAGAGCGCCAUAGUCGCCUAGAGUAUUGCGAACCAAUUUAAUCAUGUGGCAAGCAUCCAAUAUUAUAUGUAUUUUCUCAUUGUUAUUGGCAUUAAUGAAAAAAGGCUGACUACAUGGAAAACCUAAAUUCGCACCUAAUAAGUUUGCCAUGAGGAUAUUUGAUGCAUCACCAUCAAAAGUCAAACUUUUAAUUAAUAUGCCAGUGCUUUCCAAUUGUAACAAGCACCCCCUGACAAAGGUAGCCUUUUCUUCAGCCAAUGAUGAUUCUAUUAGGAAAUAAGCUAUUGGAACUUUCCAUCUAGUAUUAAUGCCAACAACCAUGAAGACUAAAGCCUUUGUGGCCUUUGGCAUCUCCUGACUACUUUGCAUUGUAACACCAAUAUUUAUGUAGCCUACUGCUCUACUCCCAGUCCAAUGUACAUGCUGAUGAAUAUACAUCUCAUCCAUCAUCAGGGCACCAACAAGCUUUUUUCCCUUUUCUUUUUCAGCUUCCACCUUAAUUUUUAUAGCACGAAUUGCUUCUUCGCUAUAUCCAGGUGUACCAUCUACAACACUAUACCAUUUUGAAAGAGUGCGUGGAUGUGGUAAAACUUUUUUUCCAAAUAUUUUCCUAACAUAGUUGUACGCUGAUGAUGAAUAAAAAUUUAAUGUUAGUGCAAAACAUCUCAACUCUGGGCUAUAUUUGUUAGUUUUUCCUUUUUUCAGCUGCCUGAAAAGCAGCUGCUUUUGGGUUUCUGAAAGACUUUCCUGUAAAAAUAAGAUAAAUACAUGCAUAAGCUGAAAAUUUCAUGCAGGCUAAAAAAGUUAGAUAGAAUGAUCACCCUAGCUAGCAAUCAAUAGACAUGCUACAGAGUUAAACAAUAAAAAUGCAAAUUUCACAAGCAAAAAUAGUGGAAUCUAAGUAGCAAUUGUAAUAUAUUUUCAUCUUAAGCUUAAAGGAAAAUAUCCUUCCAUCAAAUGUCUACCUUAAGUACUAAUGACUGAGCUGCAGAUAUUUUCUUCUCUUCACAUAGUUGAUCCACUAGACUUUCCAGACUAUUUAUUUUAUCUUUUUGUCUGCGUAUUGUACACUUAUUGUACUUGAUCAUUUUUCUGUACUUGUAAACAGUCUCAUGAGUAAUUUUCCAGAAUCUCUUCCUGCGUUGCAAAUUACUUAAAUCAGAAAAUUUGAAGUCUCCAAAGAAUACAGGUUCUCUCCUGAACAUGAAAAUGAAAAAAAGUAACAAAUGAAAAACACAGAGUUGGAUGAUAAUUACCUUAGAUUGCACAUGUUUAAAAGUUCACUUGAUUCAAGGUGUUCUGGGUUUAGUGCUGAGUUUGAUGAAGGUCCAGCUACCAAUAAAUUUCCAUCAACACUGAUAGGGUCAUUUUCAGGUUCUUCUACUGCUUCACAAAUAUCCAAGGUUUGAUCUAAAAAUGAUUAGGUUACUAAGUUAUACCUACUUAAUCAUUGUAUCUUUUCUUUUUGUGGAAGUACAGAACUUAAAACCUCAAUUUGAGACUUAUUAGUCAAAAGAGACCUGUUUCUUUUGAUGUUGAUUCCUCACGUUUUCUUUUCAAUACCCUUCGUUGUGCAGUAGGUUUUUUUUUGAGAUGGGCAGGAAAAUCAAAAACAGAUGGAACUGCCGACUUUUUUAGUACCCUAUUUCCAUGCACAUUAACUUCAUAAUCAUCAGGUGUGAAAUGUUUUUCACAAAUUACUGUUGAUGUGCUGGGUGUAAACUUCACUCUUCGUAUUGCGAUCAACCACAGCUUUCGCAUGUUAGGAUCUGUAGGAAUCCUAAAAAUUCAGAUAUUUUCUCAAAUUACUAAUCAAGAAUCAAAAUUCUACCAGACAAAAAUGAAUUGGAGGAUUCAACCAACCUAUGAAACUUCAUUUUUACAUCUUUUCUGCGCCUAUUACAACAGUUCACUGCACUGCACGAUUCGACCAUUUUAGAAACACAAAUGACAAAACAAAAGCACUUGAAGUUUGUACGGUCCAAAAAUAAUGUUUACAACAAUCACCUCAAACUUCGUUAUUGCUUUAAAAUAGCACCAUUAACAAAAAACACCAAAAACUUAUAGAAAACGCACACACAUCCAACUGUUUGUUUACGUUUUUCUGCCCGGAUUAGCUGUAUCCUUCUCGCACAAUUUCGUCGCUCAUUCUAGCCGCAACGAAUUCGCCGUGAGCCCCUUCCAUCAGUGUUGCCAGUUCAUUGGCUGUACCCCAUAUAUUUGCAAAUUUAGCAAAAUAUAUGAGUACUCCAGAGCCGAAAGCACGUCGAGAUCCAGAGGAACGACAAAAAGAAUGCAUCCAAAGAGAAACUGAUCAAAUUGAGGCAUUUUUAAAUGAUGACUUGAUUGUAGACUUUGAUGAAUUCAAAUUACUUGUGCAGACAAAAACAGUGCUGAAAAACUGGUGCUUGAAAAAUUGUGGUGAAGUGUUUUAUUUUUAUUUGUUAAAUGCUGACUGUGAUGUGUUAGAGGAAGGUGUUAAGGUUAUCAAUAGUAUAGUCAUUCAUUCUGACAUGACUGUGCAAGUAUUCCUCCAUAACACGGAAUUAUCUCCUAAUGACUUAAGGUGGAUUUUACCAGAGCGGAAGCUUCAAAGAUGGUCUCAGAUUGAAAAUUUAUUGACAAGGUAUAGUUUUGCUCAGCAUACUGACUUGGAUGGUACUUUUCAUUUGAAAAAGGCACAUGAACAUCUGAUAUCAGCAAUUGCAAUCUUAAAUCAACAAAACAUCUCACAACUUUAGAACUUUUAAGGGACCAGCAUUCUCUCAUUACAUUGAAAAAGGUAUAUAAUAUGCUGACUUUAAUUUUUUCAUUGAUUAUUUUCAAUCAGUCAUCUUCAACAUAUGAACAUAUUAGAGAUUAUUUAAUUCUCCCUACGAGUAGACGUUUAAGGGUGAAUAUCAGUUAUUGGGGAAUUCAAUGUUCCUGCAAAAAAAUCUUAAUCCAAUGGACAAAUUGUGGAAAUAGACCAUCCAAAUAGUGGAAGAUGUAAAUCUUUAGUUGGAACAUAUGGCGAAAUUGAGGUAACCAUUAAGAUUUAGGAAAAAUCUGAUUGAAAGUUAACAAAAUGUAUAAGUUAUGGUAUUCUGAUAACAUUAACAUCAUCCAAGUCCCAACGAGUAUAAUACCGUUCUAUACUCGUGAGACAGGAUGUGAAGCUUGCAUUUUCACCCGACACAUUUCUGGAAAAUUGUUAUCUUGAGAUAUAAAACCGGUCGUCGACCAUUCUCUGUACUCAUUUUGUUACUUAAUCCCCUGUAACCAACUGUUGCUGAUGCAUUAAUAAAAGUUCAUCUACAAAAGUACUGACAAAUUUAUUUGGCGCUGCGAACAGGAUACCCAGCCUUCAUCGAGUAGUGUGACUUAGUCAGAAAUCACGAAGAUUCAUUGAGAAGCCAGCUGAACUUGAAGGUAAAAGUUUUCAAACUUUUGCAAUUGGGUAUCGCUACUGAAACCUGUGAACGAGCUCCGAGGCCGGUAAGACCUCUCAAGUUCCUGUUUCAACUUCAUCCUAGUGGCCGGUAAGACCACGCAAGUUCCAGUACCUUUGUGGAGACAACUUUUGCAUCCAGAACAGCCGGAAAACAGAACGAAUGGGUCCCUUGACGACAUCGAUGCUGAUCACGUCAUUGUAAGUAGUUUAAGAAACUUAUUAAGAAUAAGAAGAUUUUUAUUGAAGAAAUUAAAGGAGAAAGAAGAUUUUGCAAUUAAUUGAUAUUGUACAAGGAAGAGAUAAAAUUUGGAAAACAAGACGAAUUAUUUGUAAAAAUAUUUGAUUUUGCUACAUCUUUGAUUGCUAGUUUUAAGAUUGUAUUUUUAUGCCUCUUGUUAGACGAUUUACUAGAGAGAGUUCAUACUCCCCUUACACUUAUCCACAUUUAAGUUCUAGUUCUAGUGAUUCUUCUCUUGAACCAGAUAUUUCAAAUUCUGAAAUCACAAUGGCACAACCAAAUGGUAAUGAACGUUACAGAAUGCUUGAACUACGAUUCAGGAGUCUCAAAGACUCUCUGAAAAAAAAUUUUCUCCUAACCAAAGUAAUUUGUCUACCUUUAUACGAGAAAGUGAGUUGUUCAUUUCAAAAUUUCAAAACACAGAGUAAGAAGAGGUUUAAUUAAUGGAUUAGGAUCUGUUAUUAGAUUCAUAUCUGGAAAUUUAGAUCAAAAUGAUUUAGAACAAAUUACUAAGAAUCAAGAAGCUCUCAGAAAUAAUCAAGAUGACUUAUUGGUUAAUCAGCAAAAGACUAUUUCAUUUUGUCAGUCUCUACAGAAAACUUUUGAAGAAAAUACUAAACGUAUUCAGUCUGUUAUUUUAUACAAUGCUCAGACUAUUGAAAAGCAAACUUUACUUUCACAUCAGAUGAUACAUCAAGUUUCCAUUAUUACUAACAUGCAACAAUUUAACAAUUAUCUAAAUUCUUUAUUACUUGCCAUUCAGUUGAACCAACAAUCUGGUCUCAAUACUUUGCAAUUAAGGCAUCAUCAAGUAAGUUUACUUAUUGAACAUCUACAAAACAUUUUUAAAAAGGAACAAUUGCUGCCAUUUGAUUCCAUUCAUUUAUUCGAAAUCUAUUAUCUGUUUAGAAGAUGAAUUUAUAUUUGUAAU